AUGAAAAAUAUUAAGGAUGCGUUGCCGUGUAUCCUACCCACCUUAACAGAAAUCAUUAACAGUUCUCUACUUACAUCAGUUUUCCCGUCAACUUGGAAGGAAGCUGAAGUGAUUGCUUUGUUGAAAGAAGGGGAUCACGAGGUGGCUAAUAACAAUCGCCCGGUAUCACUCUUACCUGCAAUCUCUAAGAUAUGCGAACGCGUUGUCCUCAACCAGCUCACUGACUAUCUUGUUAGGUAUAAGCGCUUGUCAAGACAUCAAAGUGGAAACAAAAAUCAUCAUUCCACGGAAACGUUGAAUAUCUUUAUAACGGAUACUAUAUUGGAAGCAAUGGAUAAAAAGCAUCUUACUGCACUGUACUGUUACUGCUAG